GUCACAAGGGGCUGAGCUGUAAUUUCACUAGGCUUUUAGGUUAGUUUUGCAUUUGAUUCAAGUUUGGGUAUAGGUUUGGAAUUAAAAUCAAGUUAUGGGUUAGUUUUGGCAAAAACCCCAACAAUAAUAGUGCGGCUUUUAAACAACAAGACUCACUUGACGUCAAAAAACACUCCAUUAACGUUAAAAUGAUAAUUUAAAAUCUUAUUUUCUCCGUUUCAUAAAGAAUAUUACUUUGAUAUUUUAAUAUAAACUAAGAAAAUAAUUGUAACGCAUUUAUAUUCUUAUUAAUUAUAUAUAUUUAAUUAAUCAUUGAAGAUUAAUGUAAUUUAUAAUAAAUAUUAGCUAAAAAUAAGUAUAAAAUACAUUUGGAAUUUUAAAAUGACAUUUUUUGUUUAGCAAGAAAAAAUUGUCAAAAUGAUAUUCUUUGUGAAAUGGAGGAAAUAUGUAAAUAAGAAAAAAAAUUCUGAUAAGACAACAUGAAGAAACUAGGAAAAUUUUGAACAUCUGAAACCCUCUAAAAAUAACUAAAAAGAAAAUUGGUUCAAUUUAUGAGCAUAUUAAUUAUAAUAUAUCAUUUUAAAUUAAAGUCACUUGAUGAAAAGUAUUAAAAGUUUUUACAUACUACUAUAAAUUUUGAGUUGUACUAAUUAUAUAAACAAAAAGGCUUGGGGACAAAAUAAUUCUGAGUUUUAGGACUUUGAUUAAUUCCAAAGCAGAAGACUAAGAACCAAAAAAAAAACAAAGUAUGAAUGGCAGCAUACAUUUACAAUAUUCUUAAAUAACACUAAUUAUGCAGAAAACAUUAGGUGCAAGUGCAGCUCCCCUUUUGUGAACUACACAAAUAUUAGACAAAGGAUAAAACCAAAAGUUUUGACAUUAUUACAUCUAAUAUUUACAUCAAAAAAUCAUUUUGCAUUAGUAUUUCAUUAUGUAACUAUAACGGCUAAUAACAACAUGGGUUUUGCUGAUACUUUAUACGAUUUUUCUAAAUUACAAAUAUCGACAAUGAUCUUUUAUUGCUGGAGCAUGUGCCAGACCCAUUAAUCAAAUGACUACACGUUGCAGUGUUUUUCUUCUUCGGAAAAUCAAGAAAUCAACCAAAUGUGGAUACAAUCAAGUAAUCAACAGCAAAAAGAUCGUUUCUCUUCCACGUGUCGUAAAGUGAGACUCUGAAGCUAAUCAUCAUAUUCAGAAACUUUAUAUUAAACUAUAGAAGAACGUAACAGACAACCUAGGGAGGAUGGGACGGGAAUAAUAUGGUUGAGGAAGAUCUGGAUUUCUUCACCUACCCAGACAAUCUAUAGACCGUUGAUAUUAUUGUAGUUUCAAAAUCGACUAGAACAUUAAUUAUGUGGCAAAACUGGAAGCACACCAGACGAUGAGUCAUAAGUUUUGUGGCCAAACUAUUACGCAUAAUUUGACAAACGAAUUUAUACAAAAAGACAUGACAACUCAGACUCACAAAAUUAAAAUAUUAAAAAAAUCUUAUUGUUGUUGAAGUUUUGUUGGUAGACGUAACAUACGUUACAAAUCCCUAGGAUAUAAAUAGAGCUCGUUGAAUAAAAUCAGUAUAGAGAAACAAAGCUCAACAACAAGAAAAAAAAACAAAUAUGGCAAUGAAGAUCAUCAAGAAUCAUGUAAGAUCGAUAAGUUUACCUUCAAGAUCUCAUCCCAGCACUGCAGCGAUUGAGGAAUCGCUAGACAAAUUUCUUAUCACUAUGAACACGAAGACAGUAACGUCAUCUGAAUCGGUUAACUCCGGUUUAGUGGGGUUGGAGGAUCUGUACGAGUGUACGGAGGAGUGUCUGAAGAUGGGUUCCACACGAAAUGUGCUGUCGUUUAAUGCUGAGAGGAAGAAGAUGAAGGGAGAGUUUAUGGAGGAAAUGCUUGAUGGGUCGUUGAGGCUAAUGGAUAUAUGCAACGCCUCAAGAGAUCUCAUGGUUGAGACUCAUGAGCAUGUUCUUGGUCUUCAAAUUUGCGCUAGGAGAAGGCAAUAUGUCGACUUCUCGGACUAUGUCGGGUUUAGGAAGAACAUGAAGAAAGAAGCGAGAAAACUUCUUGGAUCCUUGAAGAACAUUAAUGUAGGGUUAGUGAUGAGAGAUAAUGAUCUUGAUCAAGACCGUGAUGUUCAUUUCCUUGCCGUGAAUCACGCUAUGAGACGUGUUGUCUCGAUGACGGUUUCGGCCUUGAAGUCGUUCUUGGAGUUCUUGUCGGGUCGAGAAAACGGAAACGACAUAAGGAGCAAGUUGGCUUUGGUCCUCAUGAAGAAGAAGUUUCAUGAUUACGAUAAGAUAGUCAAAAACGAGUUGGAUGAUGUAGAUUCAGCUAUAUCUGGAGAUUCUUGCUCUCAAGAGGAACUUCAUAGGAAGCUUGAGGACCUUGAGGUGUGGACUGGGAGAUUUGAGAAAAGUUUAGAAGGUUUGUUUCGAAGGUUGAUUAGAACACGGACCUCGCUUCUCAACAUCAUUUCUCAAUAGAUGUACAGGGGCGAAACCAGGAUCAUUUUCUAACGGGUGCAUAAGAUAUACAAAAUUUAGAUGGGCUAAGAGGGAAUCGAAACUGAGAUUCUGAGGGGGGUGCACUUAUGCAUUAAACCAUCACAACUAACUGGUUUUUGUUGAACGUUUGCGUACUAAAUAGCUAUUAUUAAUAAUAUUAUGGGUGCAUGUGCCCCCAUAGUGGCUGUACUAGCUUCGCCCCUGUAGAUGUAUAUGUAUGUAAUAUUGUAAUCUUUGUGGGCAUCUGAUUUUAGAGGAAUUGCCGGAGGGUUACAUACUAUACUCAUAAGAUUUUGUAAACGCUAGUUUAGUUAAUUAUAUUUAUAGAAAUAUUUUAUCAAAUAUAUAGCAAUCUUUCGAUCACACGUUUUGGUAUCACUUAGUGAUGAUAUUACCAAUUUGAAUCACUGGAUGUAACAUGAAAAAAUCACCGAGAGUGUCUAGUGAACAAUUAUAUUCCCAAAUACUCACUUUUUCCAAACCUUUUCGCCAGGUGAUGUCCGUAAAGAAUUGAUGCUCGGAAUGGAAAAAGAUACAUUAAUCAUUGCGGAUCUAACAGAUCAAGCAAUACUGAUCCGGCAAUGCUAAUCUAGUAGACUAAACGGAUUGAGUGGAACAAAUAUAUAUUUAGCAGUACAAGAAUGAGCAGAUAUAAUUAUUUAAUAUAUACUAGUAAUUCACUCCGUGUUGCACGAUCAAUUUCUGCUUGCAUUCAAAUUCUAUAAGAAAAUAAAAUUAUAGUGUUCUUUAUUUCUUGCUUUUAAUCAAAAUUGAAUUUACAAUAACUUUUUUGCUUAAGAAUUUAUAAUAACUUACAAAAAAAGAAGAAGAGAAUUGUAAGAUAGUCAAAUAUGAUCUGUUAUAAAACCAGAUUUGUGAAACAAUCAAACCAUAACAUGCAAAUUUCUAAAUACCCCAAGUUGCAUCACCAUAGUUGUUGAUUUUCUUUUUACUCGGUAUAGUGGCAUCACAUUAUUAUUUGAUAGCAAUGAUAUAUGAUUUCUUCAAAGCUACAAAAACAAAAUAAGGAUAUUUAAAGAGUAACAUAAGAGAAGAAUUAAAUAUACCACUUGUUUUCAUAUUCUUUACGCUUCUGCUCUUGUUCUAAGUUUGUUGCAGAGAAAGCUCUUUUGUUUGUUUGGUUUGUCCUUUGUCUUCUUCUUUCUAUGUUUCUGUACUUCUUCGGAUGCAAAAGUAAGACAAAUACUUUCAUAAAUAUAAGCCAUUGAAAUAACAGAUUUGUAGAUAUGCAUUUUAUAGAUAAGAGUUGGAAAUGCUUAAUGUUACCUUCCUUGCUGCAAAACUUGAUUUCCAAACUCAAAGCAUAUAAUAGAGAAAAAAAAUUUCAUGUCACUCACUAUAAAAGAAAAGAAGAAAUAAUUUAUCUGGACAUAAAUU